UUCCGGUGCCAAGAGAGACGCAUUCCAAAUGGAGCACAAAUGUGCCUCCCGUGCUGGGCGCUCUUCAUUCUGUUUGGGAACAACAGAGAGCAGGAUGUGGCUGCUUUAUUAUCCCUCACUGCUGAAGCUUUCAGCCCCAUAGUCCUAUCUUUUUCUCAGGACGAGUUAGAUUUCCUGCCGAGAGUCAAAUGUGAAGACUGUUCUAAGAAACCUGGAGCUGAGCACACUCACCAGAGCUUUGCCAGGAGGGCCAGAGCCUUACUGAGGGAAAGAGAAAGAAAAGUUUUCAGUUCUCCAUGAAGUAUAUGAUGUUUUGCUAUUCAUUUCCAAAGCUUCUGGAAGCAUUCCUCCCAAGCAAGGUGGAGUUGGCGGGGAGAAGCCGGAGGUGAGACGACAAUUGGGAGGACAGGCUAACCCAUUUCCUGAAUUUCCCAUGUGGGGACAGUCUUAGAGCCCGACAGGCUUUGAGACCCGAAGAUGAGCAGCAACGGCAGCAUGGAGGGUCAGCUCCUCUGGCACGGGCCACUGUGCAUUGCCUGGAGGCAGGACCUGGAAGGGGCUGUCUUCCACCUGGCCAACUGCUUCCUGCUCCUGGGCUUCAUGGGUGGCAGCGGGGUGUACGGGUGCUUCUACCUGCUUGGCUUCCUGGGCACAGGCUACCUGUGCUGUGUGCUAUGGGGCUGGUUCGGUGCCUGCGGCCUGGACAUUGUUCUCUGGAGCGUCCUGCUGGCAAUGGCCUGCGUGCUCCAGCUGGCACACCUGGUGUACCGCCUGCGUGAGGACACCCUCCCCGAGGAGCUGGAGCUGCUCUACAAGACGCUGUGCCUGCCCCUGCAGGUGCCCCUGCCAGCGUACAAGGAGAUCGUGCACUGCUGCGAGGAGCAGGUCUUGACUCUGGCCACGGAGCAGACCUAUGCCGUGGAGGGCGAGACGCCCAUUGACCGCCUGUCCCUGCUGCUCUCUGGCCGGGUUCGUGUCAGCCAGGACGGGCAGUUUCUGCACUACAUCUUUCCUUACCAGUUCAUGGACUCUCCCGAGUGGGAAUCGCUGCGUCCCUCUGAGGAGGGGGUGUUCCAGGUCACUCUGACAGCUGAGACUGAAUGUAGCUACAUUUCCUGGCCCCGGAAAAAUCUCCACCUCCUUUUGACCAAAGAGCGAUACAUCUCUCGCCUCUUCUCGGUCCUGCUGGGCUAUGACAUCUCAGAGAAGCUCUACGCUCUCAAUGACAAGCUCUUUGCUAAGUUCGGGCUACGCUUUGACAUCCGUCUCCCCAGCCUCUACCACGUCCUGGGUCCUGCUGCCCCAGAUGCAGGACCAGAGUCUGAGAAGGAUGACGAGGAAGUCCGUGGGCCAGCCGCAUCCCCUCCUCAGGCCCUGCACACGUCUGUCCAGCAAACACCCCCUAGCUCCCCACCUCCACUGGUCACCAGCUCUCCUGCACCUCCUCCCUGGGUCAGAAUGUCCAGGCCCGACAGCGGCGUCCUGGGUGAGGACUCCACCAGUCUGGUUCUGGAGGAUUUUGAGGAGGUGUCGGGAUCAGAAUCAUUCAUGGAUUAUAAGAGUGAUGGGGAGUACAUGAGGUGAGGGGAGAGCUAACAUGGGCACAGCCACCCGGCUCAGGACCCUGUCUUCCAGAACUCCUCUCCGGAGCUACUCUGAAGUUAUGUCCAGGGGACAGGCCCCCUUGGCUCCAACCCAGACUCCUGAACUGUAAGGGUCAAUGGACUGUCCUUUACUCUGGCCAUGUUAAUCCUCACAGGAU